CACUUGACUUGACAUCGCUCUCCCACCGCACUUGGCAGUGGGCAGACGCCCCGCCGCAUCGCAUCAGCUCGAUCGCUGUCCCCUUCCCACCGCAUCGCAUAGCAUGCUGCUCUCGCGUUCCCACACCCUGCCCCAGCCCCAGCCCCCAGCCCCAGCCUCGGGCUCUCCUCUCCGACCCUUCGCCACCUCCGCGCCCUCGCCGCGCGCUCGUCUCGUCCCCGCCACUAGGGUUCGCGUCCGCGGCGCGAGGCCUCGCUCCGCUCCGCCCCCGCCUCCGCGCGGUGGUGUCCGACCACGAGCAGCGCGGGAUGGAGGCGGGGGAGCAGGGGAGGCCACUCCGUGUCGGCCUCAUCUGCUGCGGGCCCUCCGGCGAGAGGGGCGUCUCCCUCAACUCUGCGCGCUCCGUGCUGGAUCACAUCCAGGGAGAGGAUUUGGUGGUCCGCUGCUACUACAUUGACUCUGCUAUGAAGGCCUUCGCGACAUCUCCUGUGCAGCUAUAUUCCAACACGCCUUCGGAUUUUGACUUCAAACUUGAAAGGAGCUUUUGGAGAAAGCAAAUGUUCCAUUUGUUGGGACACCUUCUAAGGAAUGCCAGCGUGCUUUUGACAAGUGACCUGAUCAUGUAUCCUGCAAUUGUGUCUAUGACAAAGCAGAAGGACAAGUUGGCCAAGCCAGAGUUAGAGGCAUGGUUCAAAACUGUCAAUCUAAACAAAGAAAAUGGCAAAGUGAUUGUCAAACCUACAAGGGCUGGGUCAAGCAUUGGCAUGGUUGUUGCUUAUGGUGUGAAUGACGCUGCCCAGAAAGCUGAGGAAAUUAUUUCAGAGGGAAUUGAUGAUAAAGUUAUCAUAGAAGUUUUCCUUGAAGGGGCACUGAGUUUUACAACCAUCGUGGUUGAUGUUGGGACUGCUAACAACAGUGAGCCUGUUGUUCUGCUUCCAAAAGAAGUUGAGCUUCAGUACUCCAACAGUAGUGAUACCAAUAAGGACACAAUAUUUAACUACCGCAAGAAGUACCUUCCAAGUCGACAGGUUGCUUAUCAUUCGCCUCCACGUUUUCCGGCAGAGGUGAUCGAUUGUAUAAGACAAGGGAUUUCUCUUUUAUUUCGUCGCCUUGGCCUGCAUGACUAUGCAAGGGUAGAUGGUUGGUUUUUACCUUCUCCUGUUGCUUCUUUACCCUCAGCUGAAAAUAGUGAAAAAUUUGGAAAUACCAAGUAUGGAACUAUUCUUUUCACAGAUAUUAAUUUGAUAAGUGGGAUGGAGCAAACCAGUUUUUUGUUCCAACAAGCUUCAACGAAAACUACAACCGUCGAAACAAAUAGGAGCAAUCCACAAAGGUACAUCAAGACAGAAGGUUUUUGUGAUCUUCAGAGGGGACACUUCAGAGCGCUUGACGUGACACCGUGUUUGCUUGCUCCUGCAAAUGGAUAUUUCUCAUCCCAUGAUGAAGAUUUCAGUGACACUUCAAGAGAAGUCUGGACGUUGCCAUAUUCGUUAGUGUUACGACAUACCACUGAAGAAGUUCAUGCUGCAUGUGUUGAGGUGUUCAUGUCUUGUGUGUUAUAUGUAGUGCAUGGUGGCAUUGGAGAGGAUGGUACCAUUCAGACAUUGUUGGAAUCUGCAGGAGUUCCUUUCACAGGACCAGGACCAAUAGUUUCUAGAACAUGCAUCGACAAAGUUGCAAGUUCACUUGCUGUUGACCAUCUUGUUAGUUAUGGAGUCCGUACCAUUCCUAAGGAUGUAAGAGCAACAGAAGAAGUACUGAAGUCAUCUCUUGUUGAUAUCUGGAAUGAACUUAAAGCAAAACUACGAACAGAAACAGUAUGUGUGAAACCAGCUCGUGAUGGGUGCUCAACUGGUGUAGAAAGAUUAUGCUGUCCAAAGGACCUAGAAGUCUAUACAAAUGCAUUGAGGAGGAAGUUUCAGUAUCUGCCUGCUAAUUGCCUGUCCAGGGCACAUGGCGUAAUUGAGAUGCGAGUCCCUCCUCCAGAGUCAUUAAUAUUUGAGCCUUUUAUUGAAACGGAUGAAAUUAUCAUUUCAAAUAAAUUGGGGAAUGAUAGAGCCCGCCAUCUGGUAUGGAAGGGUGAAAAUGACUGGCUUGAAAUUACUGAUGGUGUAGUUGGCAAGCGUGGAGAAAUGCACUCGUUAAAUCCAAGUAUCACAGUGAAAGAAAGUGGUGAUAUUUUAUCUCUUGAGGAGAAAUUUCAAGGUGGCACUGGAAUCAACUAGACACCACCUCCUGCAACAACUAUGGGCGAGGAUGCUCUGUAGAGGUGCAAGAAGAGUAUCGAGAUGAUGGCAAGUGCUCUAGGUUUGGAAGGCUUCUCGCGCAUUGAUGCAUUUGUCAACGUGCGAAGCGGGGAGGUGCUGCUGAUCGAAGUGAACACUGUACCUGGAAUGACUCCAUCCAUCGUGCUGAUCCACCAAGCUAGCUAAGGGCUGGGUCACAGAAAAACUGUAUUAUCUGCCCACUGUUUUUGUUGCUGUGGCAGCAGCAGCAAAACUUAUCAUGACAAUAAUGUGUGGUAUGGUGGCAAUCAAUCGCAGGCACUCGCAGAGGAACCUCCCGUGUACCCUCACAAGUUUUUCCGCACUCUUCUGGAUUUGGCGUUUACAAGGGCGAAAUAGCUCAGUCAGCCAUUUAUUUAUUUUACUUACUUGUACCGUGCAUCGGUUUGAUUCUCUGUAUCAGUAAAGCAGACAACAUUGUCAUUGUGAGGAGGUGCUGUUAGUGUUAGGUGGUUGUUGAAACAUUUGGUUGUCUUUACUUGACGUCAGCAUUACUGAACCUAACAAUUCGAGUGAGCGCGACAUACGUGUGGCAUUGCGGCAAUAUAAAUCAAGGAUGAAAAAUAUAAACAUGUACUACUCUUGUGUUGCA